CAUGCAUCACCCCCUUCCCCCGCAGCACCCGGCAAGAUGGCGGCGCCCGCGUCGCCCUUGGUUACUGCUCGCUGCUUGCUCCGGGCAGGGGCCCGGCGCCCCCCAGCCCGCGCGCUGCUGGCCCGCGCCGCCGCCCUGCCGAGAGCAUACACAGUUUAUGCUGCUGAGAAAGUAGCUCCUAAAACUCUAUCAGAUGCGAACUCUAAAGCCUUGCUGGUUUGCAGUGGACCACUGGAACACUAUGACUUUCUGAUCAAAGAAGAUGAUCUGAGGAGUGAUGAACAGCAAUGGCAAGUUGUGCGGUCUUUGCAGAAGUUACAUGAGAGCUUAAAAGGCUACAGUAUUAGUUCAAAAAACCUUCUAUCAAAGCUGUUUGCAAAAAGAAAACCUCCAAAAGGCCUUUAUGUCUAUGGAGAUGUUGGCACAGGAAAGACAAUGGUGAUGGACAUAUUUUAUUCUCAUCUGGAGGUAGAGAGGAAAAAGAGAGUCCAUUUUCAUGGCUUCAUGCUAGAUGUACACAAAAGGAUACACCGCCUUAAACAGAGCUUGCCAAAAAGAAAACCAGGACGUAUGGCCAAAUCAUAUGACCCAAUAGCCCCAGUAGCUGAGGAAAUAAGUGAAGAAGCUUGUCUCUUAUGUUUUGAUGAAUUUCAGGUCACUGACAUCGCUGAUGCCAUGAUUCUGAAACAGCUUUUUGAAAAUCUGUUCCAGAAUGGGGUGGUUGUUGUGGCAACAUCCAACAGGCCACCGGAAGACCUCUAUAAAAAUGGGCUUCAGAGAGCCAACUUUGUACCAUUUAUUGCUGUUUUGAAGAAAUACUGCAACACAGUCCAACUUGAUUCCGGAACAGACUACCGGAAACGGGUGCUUCCUGCAGCAGGGAAGCUUUACUACCUCACAAGUGAAGCUGAUGUGGAGGCUGUCAUGGAUAAGUUGUUUGAUGAGCUGGCUCAGAAACAAAAUGAUUUAACUAGACCAAGGAUUCUAAAAGUGCAAGGCAGAGAGCUGAGGCUGAAUAAAGCAUGUGGAACCAUUGCAGACUUCACAUUUGAAGAGCUGUGUGACAGACCACUUGGAGCCAGUGACUAUUUGGAAGUAUCUGACAAUUUUGAUACGGUCUUUGUUCGCAACAUACCACUAUUGACAAUGGCACAAAGGACUCAAGCUCGCCGCUUUAUUACUCUUAUUGAUACAUUUUAUGAGCACAAGGUUCGUAUUAUUUGUUCUGCAUCCAUGCCUCUCCAAAGCUUGUUUCUGCAAGAAUACCAUGAUGGUGGGCUGGAGGAAAGUAGGGUAUUGAUGGAUGACUUGGGGUUGAGCCAGGAUUCAGCUGAAGGACUUUCCAUGUUUACAGGAGAGGAAGAAAUCUUUGCAUUUCAACGUACCAUCUCACGGCUUACAGAAAUGCAGACUGAGCAGUACUGGAAAGAUGGAGACAGAAGCAAGAAACAUUCAAUAAAGAAAAUAGUUAUGUUGGCUACGCAUGUUCUUCAAAUACUUUUUAAAGUCUUCACACACUUAAUUUAUAAAUGUAAGAUAUAUUAUUCCUAUGGGGUGAUUAUAAGUGGUAAAUUUUAAUGUAUGAUAUUUAUUUAAAAUAUUUCUACCAUAGGUGAAUUUGCAUGGUUUGCAUUUAAUUAGGAAUUUCUAAAGAAUAGACAUAUUCUCAAAGUAGAUUUAAUAUAUAAUGUCCCAGGAGAGGAGCUGCAAAUGUGAUUGAGAUGAGUGUUUUUAUUUUUUAAGCUCAUAUAUUCACUCAAUUUUUUCAAAAAUAUUGAAGUCUUGGCUGAUGUGCCUCAUGAAUCCUCAGGCUAAACAUGACUUUUUUUUCUUUUUUUAACUCUGACAGUGCUGUCCUGCACUAUAUGGUGCAAAAGAAAUAGAAGAGCCAAAAUUUAAGAGCAACUGGGAGAGGGGUUUUGGGGCUCAUGUGGAGAGAUGCUGCUACUAUAUAUAGGUUUCCAUUGCUACCACAGUGUCUAGGCAAGAGAAUUGAAUUGUCUCUCAUUGAUAGGGUGUAACGAGUAAUUAAAUUUGUUAGUUCAACAUGCCCACAAUAGGUGUGUGUAUAUGUUCUCAGUUGUAUCUCUGUUUUGCAUCCCUACUAGUUUGGCUGAAACUUUUCAAUGUUCUACUUCCUGGUUAUCUAUCUCAAAUUGUCUAGCUUCCAAAAGCAGUAACCUCUGAGAAGUUUUAAAAGGCCUUCUAGGAUAAAUUGCUGAGUCAAAGAGAAUUAUGAGGGGAGAUCAAGCCCCCAUAAGUCGAUGCCACUUCCCAAACAUGUUCAUAAAAUAGAAGCCAGGAUUAUUGUUUGGCCCAGGCUCCUUACUCCACAAGAGUGUCAUAGUCUGGAACUUUUGGGAAGCAUUUGUAAUAGUCAUAGAAAAGUUGGUGGAGGACUUGUGGAGAGCCUGACACCAAGACAAGCAAGUCAUAAUUUUGUACUGUACUUAUUGAUGAACUAGCAAAUUGCACAUCAAGAAUGAUGGGCAGGUCAGGAUGGAGCCCUGUAUCUGGCAGUCCCCCGCCCUCUCUUCCCCACACUUCCCCUGCCAGGUUGGGUUCAGUCCCACUCCUCGCCUCUCCCACCCUCGGGUCAAGCCUGGGCCCACUCCUCCCCCCGUCCCCCGCCGGGUCGGGCGCAGGCCCAGGCCCUCUUCUCCCCCUCCCCCACCAGGGUCAGGGCCAA